AGCAGAACCCGAAGGACAAGCAACUCACAUGGGAUGUGCACUUCUGGCUGGGCUCGGAGACAUCCACUGAUGAGGCUGGAGCUGCGGCUAUUCUGACAGUGCAAUUAGACGAUAUCCUCAAUGGAGGUCCCGUGCAGCAUCGCGAGGUGCAGGAUCACGAAUCACAGCUGUUCCUCAGCUACUUCAAGAACGGUGUGCGGUAUGAACAGGGUGGCGUUGGCACCGGAUUCAAGCACGUGCAGACAAAUGCCCAGGGCGAGAAGCGCUUGUUCCAGGUGAAGGGCAAGCGUAAUGUGCGCGUGCGGCAGGUAAAUCUCUCAGUCUCCUCGAUGAACAAGGGUGAUUGCUUCAUUCUGGAUGCUGGCAAUGACAUCUAUGUCUACGUGGGUGCCCAGGCCAAGCGCGUGGAAAAGCUGAAAGCUAUUAGCGCAGCUAACCAGAUCAGGGAUCAGGAUCACAAUGGACGCGCCCGUGUGCAGAUCAUCGAUGAGUUCAGCACGGAGAUGGAUAAGCAGCAGUUCUUCGACGUGUUAGGCUCUGGCUCAGCCGACCAGGUUCCUGAGGAGUCGUCCGCUGAUGAGGAUGGUGCUUUCGAGCGCACAGAUGCUGCCGCAGUCACACUAUACAAGGUGUCCGAUGCCAGUGGUAAUCUCCAAGUGGAUACCAUUGCUCAGAAGCCACUACGUCAAGCCAUGCUGGAUACGCGCGAUUGCUUCAUUUUGGACACUGGCUCCGGCAUUUUUGUGUGGGUGGGACGUGGCGCUACUCCCAAAGAAAAGUCCGACGCCAUGGCUAAGGCACAAGAGUUCUUGCGCACCAAAAAAUACCCAGCUUGGACCCAGAUUCAUCGCAUUGUCGAGGGCGCCGAGUCGGCUCCAUUCAAGCAAUAUUUCGACACUUGGCGCGAUGUGGGUAUGUCUCAUACCCGUCUGAUACGCUCCGCUUUAGACAUCGGCUCGGAUGAGUCUCUCGAUGUGGAUGAGAUCGAUGCUGUCGUGCAGAAGUUGAAGAAAAGCGGUGGUCGCGCCAUCGGCUUCAUGCCCGAUCAUGGCCAAAACAGCAUCAAGGAUAUUACCCAGUAUGUGUCCAAGGCGGGCAGCAACGAGGUGUUCCGCAACCAUGUGCCUUUGGAGGAGGAGCUGCCGCUGCUGGGUUUCGGCUCCUACGUGCUUACUUACAACUAUGAGGCCAAUAAUGGUGACAAGGGCACCAUUGUUUAUGUCUGGCAGGGUGCCAAGGCCAAUGCGGCUGUCAAGGAGCGUGCCUUCGAGGAUGGAAUGGCCUUGGCCGUCGAACAGAAUGCUUUGUUGGUGCGCACCACACAGGGCCAUGAGCCUCGUCACUUCUACAAGAUCUUCAAGGGCAAGCUGUUGACUUCCUAUACGGCAUUACCUGUGUCCGCGCAGCUGUUUCGCAUUCGCGGCACGGUCGAGAGCGAUAUCCACGCAAGCGAAGUGCCUGCUGAUAGCUCUUCGCUGGCUUCUGGAGACGCGUUUGCUCUAGCUUCCACCAAGACGCACAAGGUUUUCAUUUGGCAAGGACUGGGUGCUUCUACUUUUGAGAAGGAGGCGGCGACGUCACGCUUUGCGAACUACUGGAAGGAUGCGGAGCUGGAGUUAAUCGAGGAGGGAGCUGAGCCCGACGACUUCUGGGAAGAUCUGAACGGCGAGGGUCAGUACGACCGUAGCCUGGACGAUCAAACUCCACCACUGCUCGAGCCACGGUUAUUCCACUGCCGAUUGACACGCGCUGGGCGUACUAAGGUCGAGGAGGUCGCCGACUACCAGCAGGAGGAUCUCGACACGGAUGAUGUCAUGCUGUUGGAUGCUGGCGAUGAGAUCUACAUGUGGGUCGGCUCCGGCGCCACAGCCGAGGAGAAUGGCAGGAUACUGGACAUGGCCAAGCGCUACAUCAGCUCGGAGCCAACCGCCCGCACCGUAGACACUGUUAGCAUUAUUCGGGUGACCCAGAGUCAGGAGCCUCGCGUCUUCAAGCGCAUGUUCCCCUCUUGGGACGACAACUACUGGCAGACCCUGCCUUCCUAUGAGGACAUCAAACGUCAGGUUCUGGAUGCCAACAAUGAGGUCUAAUACUCCCUCGGCUAGAAUACUCAGCAAACUUGACCAAAAAUUUUCUUUCGUUUUUUCCUUAAAA